AUGAACCAAGAUACCCGAGGUGAGAAGGAAAAAGUCAACCCUGCCUCCAACCAAGUUUACCUUGAUGGAUGGCUAAAAGAUACCCGAGCUGAGAAAGAAAAAGUCAAUCCUGACUCCAACCAAGUUUACGUUGAUGGAUGGUUGAAAGAUACCCGAGUUGAAAAGGAGAAAUCCGCCCCUGACUCUAAGCAAGUUUACCUUGAUGGAUGGUUGAAAGAUACUAGAGGAGAGAAAGCCAAAGCCAACCCUGAUUCAAACCAAGUUUACCUUGAUGGAUGGCUAAAAGAUACUCGAGCAGAGAAAGAAAAAGUCAAUCCUGACUCCAACCAACAAGUUUACCUUGAUGGAUGGUUGAAAGAUACUAGAGGCGAGAAAGUGAAAGCCAACCCUGAUUCAAACCAAGUUUACCUUGAUGGAUGGUUGAAAGAUACUCGAGCAGAGAAAGAAAACUCCAACCUUGACUCAAACCAAGUUUACCUUGAUGGAUGGUUGAAAGACACCCGAGCUGAGAAAGCAAAAUCUAAUCCUGACACCAACCAAGCUUACCUUGAUGGAUGGUUGAAAGAUACCCGAGUUGAAAAGGAGAAAUCUACCCUAGACUCUAAGAAAGUUUACCUUGAUGGGUGCCUGAAAGAUAUCCGAGUUGAAAAGGAGAAAUCUUCCCCUGACUCUAAGCAAGCUUACCUUGAUGGAUGGUUGAAAGAUACUUGA